AUGCAUAGCUAGAGUCCAAAGACUAAGUCGAGCAAGGAAGUUUGACCUUUGUUCUCGUUUAUUACAGGAACGUUCUAUUUACAGCAGUAUGUAUCACCGUGAAAUCAUUAUUGAAAACGUCUGAGGGUCAGUCAUGUUCAGGUUUUCAGUUUUGGUCGGAAUUUCACUGUUGGUUUACGGGGCCUCCUCAAAGCCACGCAGCACAUGGGGAGAAGUAGGCGAUACCGCCGUCCAAGUAACUUUAAUGUCUGAGGGACAGGACAAGCUGCCUUUGGGCCUGAAGGAGGUCGAACCUCCACAGGACAUGGACGUUGCCGACUUCGACAUCGACCCCUCCAUGCUCAUCUGGAAGGCGGUGAUGGAGUCUCGCCGGCGGGCCAUACAGGAGUCCCGCACCCACGUAAUGCUUGCGAAGGACCACGGUGCCCGCUACCACCAUGCCGAGGCUCAGCUUGCCCAGGCCCUUCAGCCAGAUGAUGCCCCGCUCCCACCCGCAGACCCAGAGCCUGGCAUGCGGUACCACCAGGCCGAACCAGACAUGGACGAGGUCUACCACGGCUUCCCCGACCCGGCCGGACCAGCUGACCGGUGGGUGGCUGAGGACCGUGACCCCAUGACCCAGGAGCACGGUGCGGAAGACUGGAGGGGGAGCUACGACCGGGCAGAGCUGGACCUGGACGAGAUCUACCACGGAGACAUGGGGCAAAGCCAGGUGGAGACCCAGCUGGAGCCGGCACAGGAUGACUCCGCCGUGCCUCGACAGAAGGAGCGCUCUCUCCCAGAGGAGGACCUGGACGAUCUCUACCACAAGUACUAAUCCAGUCAUCUCCUCGGAGGUGUGAAUUACAAUGUUGGAGCGUGGCAUUAAAAGAGAGAUUUGAUUUUGUAAAAAAAAUAUCUUUAUUUAUAAUUCUCCCUCCAAUAUUGACAAUAAAAAUAGUCACUGAUUGUGAA